UAUUAACUUUCCUUAUUUUUUUUCAAAAUUUCCGUACUUUUUGGAGCUUAAAAUUUGAGUCGAAUCGAAAUUUCGACCUUGCUCCCAAGCAACCCCCACACCCAUCAAUGGCCGCCCAAGAGGAUAAUCUCCUCCGAGACCGUCAAGCGGAACUCCCGUUAGUCCUCGUCUUCCGUCCCCUAUCCUUAGACCUUCCUAUGAAGGAUCGAUUUCGCAAGAAUUACCGGCUGCUAGACACCGCCGAGUCCUCCAUGCCCACUCCCUCCUUUUUGGCUGCCCAUGCUCAGUCCGUCAAGGCCCUUAUCUGCGUCGGCCCCUAUCCCAUCACCUCCGAAAUUCUCCGGUGCCUCCCCUCUCUGGAGGUUAUCGUCGGCUCUAGCGCCGGCGUAAACCAUAUUGAUAUGCCGGCGUGUCGCCGACGAGGAAUCUCCGUCACCAACGCCGGUUCUUCAUUCUCUGAAGAUGUUGCCGAUUAUGCAGUGGGGUUAUUGAUGGAUGUUCUUCGGCGGGUGUCGGCCAGCUACCGGUAUGUUUGCGCUGGCUUGUGGUCGCUGAAAGGCGAGUACCCGCUUGGUUCUAAGUUAGGAGGGAAGCGGAUUGGGAUUGUGGGGUUAGGAAGUAUUGGCUCACUGAUUGCAAAAAGGCUUGAGGCCUUUAAUUGCUGCAUUGCCUACAACUCGAGGAAGGAGAAGCCAUGUGUUCCGUACCCUUAUUAUCCAAACGCCUGUGACCUUGCAGCUAGCAGUGAUGUUCUAAUUGUCUGCUGUGCGCUGACAGAUGAAACACGACACAUUAUUAACAGAGAUGUCAUGAUUGCUCUGGGAAAGGGAGGAGUCAUUGUCAACGUUGGGCGUGGGCCUCUUGUGGAUGAGAAGGAGCUGGUGCAGUUCUUGUCACGAGGCGAACUCGGUGGUGCAGGUCUUGAUGUGUUUGAGAAUGAACCUAAUGUACCGAAUGAGCUAUAUACUUUGGAUAAUGUUGUGUUGUCUCCACACAAGGCUGUGUUAACCCCAGAAUCCUUCACUGCCUUGCAAGAACUGAUCAUGGGGAAUUUGGAAGCUUUCUUCACCAACAAGCCCUUGUUGUCAGAGGUCAAGGAUGACUAUUGAAGGAUUUUCCAGUUUUUAAUGGUUUGUUGCUAGCUUCAUGAAUUGAUGUCAAUUGUUGGUUGCCAUUCAAUGAUUUCUGAAUAAAGAGAAGAAAAUCAAUUUCCGAGCAA